GGGGCUGCUAUUGGCUAUCAGCUUGCGAGUGCCGCCGUGUGAUUGGUGGGCAGAGGUCUGGUUCCGCCCCGGCUGUGCCCAGCAGCUUGCGUUGCGUGCUGGCGGCUAGUUCCUGUACUAGGCCUAGGCGGGGGAAAGAGGCCGGGGCGAGCCACUGCUGCGGGGAGCGGGCCGGGCCGGGCGAUGGCGGCGGCGAUGUAGAGCAGAGCCAGGCGGAGCAGUGGCGCCACCAUGAUCAUAGAGAACGUGGACGCUCUCAAGUCUUGGCUGGCCAAGUUGCUGGAGCCGAUAUGUGAUGCAGACCCCUCAGCUUUAGCCAAUUAUGUUGUGGCGUUAGUCAAGAAAGACAAGCCAGAGAAAGAGCUGAAAGCUUUCUGUGCCGAUCAGUUGGAUGUCUUUCUUCAAAAAGAAACUUCAGGUUUUGUGGAUAAACUUUUUGACAGUCUGUACACAAAGAGUUAUCUUCCUUCUCUCGAACCCACGAAGGUAGAAGCAAAGCCUGCAGGUCAGGAGAAAGAAGAAGUCAAGGAGGAGUUGUCUGUUAAGCAGAAUUUUCAAGAGUCAGUUGAAGAUGAGCGGGAUAGCAGGAAAAAGAAGUAUUCUAGUCCACAGAGAAGCCGUACGGAUUCCAGUGAACAGAGAACCAGAGAGAAAAAAAGAGAUGAUGGAAAAUGGAGGGACUAUGACAGAUACUAUGACAGGAGUGACUUGUACAGAGAGAAGUCUAGCUGGCGACGUGGCAGGAGUAAAAGUCGUAGUAAAAGCAGAGGAUUAAGUCGAAGUCGUAGCCGCAGUAGGGGUAGAAGCAAAGACCGUGACACAAGCAGAAGUGCUGACCACCGAGAGAGAUCAAAAUUCAAGAGUGAAAGAAAUGAUGUUGAAGGCUCCUAUAACCCGGUGUCCGCGUCUCCCAGUAAAUCUAGUGAACAGUAUUCCUCUGCACAGUCUAUUCCCAGUGCUGUUACUGUAGUUGCACCUGCGCACCAUCUUGAAAACACAACAGAGAGCUGGUCAAAUUACUAUAACAAUCACAGCAAUCCCAGUUCAUUUGGCAGAAACCCUCCUCCUAAAAGAAGAUGUCAAGAUUAUGACGAGCGAGGAUUUUGUGUGCUUGGUGAUCUUUGCCAGUUUGAUCAUGGAAAUGAUCCUUUAGUAGUAGAUGAAGUUUCCUUGCCAAGUAUGAUUCCUUUUCCUCCACCACCUCCGGGACUCCCUCCUCCUCCUGGUAUGCUUCUGCCCCCUCUACCAGGUCCAGCUCGUAACAUGAGGUUGCCACUUCCACAAGCUCAUCCGCAGGCACCACCUCCUGUUGUGCUUCCCGUACCAAGACCACCUUUAACGCAGUCAAGUUUGAUAAAUAAUCGUGACCAGCCUGGGACAAGUGCAGUUCCCAGUCUUGCACCUGUAGGAGCAAGGCUACCUCCUCCUUUACCCCAGAACCUACUUUAUACAGUAUCGGAACAUACAUAUGAGCCAGAUGGCUAUAACCCCGAAGCUCCUAGUAUUACCAGUGCUGGUAGAUCUCAGUAUCGACAGUUCUUUACAAGAGCACAAACGCAGCGUCCAAAUCUAAUUGGCCUAACAUCUGGGGAGAUGGAUACAAAUCCAAGAGCUGCCAAUAUCAUCAUCCAGACUGAACCUCCCAUUCCCAUUACAAAUAAUAGCAGCAAUGUAACUAGAGUUGUCCUUGAACCAGACAGCAGGAAAAGGUCUCCAAGCACCAUGGAAUGUCCACCAUUGAAGAAGCCAUGGCUGGGAAAGCAAGCAAAUAACAACCAGAACAAGACAGGAUUUCUGAAAAAGAAUCAGUACACUAAUACAAAAUUAGAAGUUCGAAAAAUUCCACCAGAAUUGAACAAUAUUACACAGCUCAAUGAGCACUUCAGCAAAUUUGGAACUAUUGUAAACAUUCAGGUUGCUUUCCAGAAUGAUCCUGAAGCUGCUCUGAUUCAGUACUUAACUAACGACGAGGCUAGGAAGGCGAUUUCCAGCACAGAGGCAGUUCUGAACAAUCGGUUUAUAAGGGUACUGUGGCACAGAGAAAGUGAGCAGCAGCCCCCAUUGCUGCAGCAGCAACAGCAGCAGACACCCACACAGUCUCUUCAUCACCAACUUCACCUUCAGCAGCAGGCCCUGACCGCAGCUCCAGCUGUAACAAUGCAUAGCAAUCUCUCGAAGGUGAUGAAUAAACCACUGGCAUCUGGUGCCUAUGUCCUGAAUAAAGUCCCUGUGAAACGCCGCCUUGGAGCAGCAAGUGGGAGCCAGCCUGACUUAAGCCAGUCUGGGACUGUUGUGGAGGACUCGCAGACAUUUCCUACGUCUACAAGCCACUCAAAAAUGGUUUAUAGUUCUUCAAACUUAAAGACAUCCAUGAAGCCUGGUGCAGGGUCUAAACCUCACGAUAUGCAAGAGGCCCUGAAAAAAAAACAGGAGGCAAUGAAACUCCAACAGGACAUGAGGAAAAAGAAGCAGGAGAUGUUAGAAAAACAAAUUGAAUGUCAGAAGAUGUUGAUAUCCAAGCUGGAGAAAAAUAAGGCCAUGAAGCCAGAAGAGAGAGCAGAAAUAAUGAAGACCUUAAAAGAACUAGGAGGAAAAAUAUCUCAGUUAAAGGAUGAAUUAAAAACUUCAUCUACAACCUCUACACCAUCAAAAUUAAAGUCCAAGACAGAGGCACAAAAGGAACUUUUAGAUGCAGAGCUGGACUUCCACAAGAGACUCUCUUCUGGAGAAGACACGACUGAAUUGCGAAAAAAGCUAAAUCAGUUACAAGUAGAGGCUGCCCGUUUAGGCAUUUUGCCUGCUGGUCGAGGGAAGACGGUGCCAGCCCAAGGAAGAGGACGAGGACGGGGUCGUGGUGGGAGAGGAAGGGGCAUGUUGAAUCAUAUGGUGGUGGAUCAUCGUCCCAAAGCACUAACAGUUGGAGGCUUCAUCGAAGAGGAGAAAGAUGAAUUGUUACAGCACUUCUCUAAAUUUGGUGAUAUUGAAGACCUUCAAGAAGAGGAUUCCCCACUAAGUGUUGUUCUGACUUUUAAAUCUCGCUCAGAAGCUGAGAAUGCUGCUAACCAAGGAUCCCGGUUCAAAGACCGAAGGCUACAGAUAUCGUGGUACAAACCUAAGGUACCUUCUGUGUCUACAGAAAUCGAGGAAGAAGAGUCUAAGGAAGAGGAGACUGAAACCUCGGAUUUAUUUUUGCACGAAGAUGAUGAUGACGAUGACGAAGAUGAGGAUGAAUCGCGUUCUUGGAGAAGAUGAAAAUUGAUGUUGGAAAUGUAUAAUUUUAAGAAUAUAGUUCAAGCUGCAUCUUUUAAACAUUUAUUUAAGGAGGUUGAUGAGCCAAAAAAAAAGCUUUACUUUCUUUUCAAACCACAAGAUUUAAAGUGAGCUAAGUUAUAGAAACAUUUCGGAUCUAGAGCUGUGAUAGUGAGCUAGCCAAAGGCCCAGUAACUUUUUACAUAAUUAUCAAGCUCACCAAGGUGGUGACUUACUUUUUUUUUUCUAUUUAAGAAGGGUAAAAAGAGAGAGAGGAAAAAAAACCCUAGUAUUUUCUCGUCCUCUUUUUGUGUCGCCUGUAUUACCUUGUUUUGGGUUUUUUAUAAUGUGAUUGAUUUGUUAGUUUAUAAUUGAAAAGAUAUAACAGGUUUUAUUUAGCAAUAUUAUGGGGUUAGGGGAAAGAUGCAAACUUUCAUUAAAUGUUAUGAAAGAAAAAAUUGCCUCAUUCGCUAAUUGAAAAAAGGUAGCAUUUUAUUUCAUAUGGAGUCACUUAUUGUAGGAAUUACUUGUGGCUAUGAUUCAUAAGUCAUUUAUUUCAAUAUGUUUGAAAGCCACACAGUUUCUGUGUUCUUCUGCUUUUUGUGAGUGGAGACGGAAGAAGCAAUUUAACAGGGUAUUAUUACAGUAUUCUCCAGUUCACUCUUGAAAUUCUGCUUCACAGACAACGUCAGCAACAACACAUAUUUGAGUGAGUUUUCACUUGCUGUUGGUUUUCUUCUGUAGUUUCAGUGUAAGGUUCAAGUUUAAGAUAGACUUUGUUUGCUGCAGUUUGGUAUUUACAAGCACAGAUGUAAUGAGUUCCAUACUUCCUCAGAAAAAAAAUACAACUCAUCUGUCACCUGCGAGUAGAAACUCUUCCUCCUCUCCCAGUUACCAACUUUACCAACUGCUUGUUUCUGUUCAAACUGGAUACAGGAGGUGUUUGGAGCAGAAUGCUCUGUAGCCAACAGAACAGCAGUGUCUGCGCGAUAGCCAGCGUCAGGCCUGUGCUGCAAGUGAUCACAGAGAAGUGCUCAGAGGUGGCUUUGGAAGGCGAGUGAUCUAUCCCCCAGUGUAGUUUUGGUCAGGCAUGUUCAAGAUUAACACCAUUACAUUCUCAGUUGCCUUACUAUUGUACCAUUUUCAAAACACACCAUCCCCGUGUGGCGUGUGUGACAACAGAGGUGAGGACACAGGUUCAGGUGCUGGAGCCGCGCAGCCUAACUGCGACGCAGCUCUAGGGGGUCGUCAACAUCAUCUCCAGUAGGCAGCUUCCCUGGCUGUCCGUUUGUCCCUACACUUUCAGAACAUCUGAUGCACGUUUCUAUACAAAAUAAACAGAAGGUUGGUGCAAAAGUGCUCUCUGCUUUUGAGUAAUCAGUGUACCAGUGUAUUUCCCAGCAAGUUCCCAAACAAAGAAAAGUGUACAUUAAAACCUUUAAAGGACAAUGGCUCUGAACUUGGCUAGUGGCAGGUAGUUGAGCACUCCUUGGGGUUAACAGUCCCCUCAUUUCUUUAUCCUUUUGCUGGGUUGAUGUAGCAAAAGUCAAAACAGUGUAAUUUUCUGUUUCCAUGUCAGUUGAAGGGAAUAUGCCUUUCAGUAUUCUGUCUCUUCGCCUUGAAACAUCACCUCUUUAUAGAAUUAGGACUUUCCUGACAACUGAAGCUCCAUUAGAGACGUGAAGAAACGAGGGGAAGGCAGUCCUCCACACCUAGAAGAAUGUCUUGCUUUUCUCCCAUCAUCUUCAAUGGGUUUUUUUUUAAUGUCUGUGGCUCAGUCAGUGUAUAUUUUGAAAAAUCCAUUGCAAGAAACAUGUUUGAGUCCUGGCAGUUUAAAAAAUUAUAGAGGGAACAAGAGGAUUUAUAUAUUUUUGUGUACAGAGUUUUUUCUUAAACUGUAUAAUUUUGUAAAUACUUUGCUUUUUUGUGUACUAAAACUACCAGCGUAUAGAUUUCAAUAAGAAUCGUUGUAUUUUUGUAUUUGGAAAAUGAAAACUACAGUGAGUGACUGAAGCUGUAAGAAACAUUGCAGUAGCCUCUGACAGAUGUAGACUGGGAUUCCUUUUCAUAUGGUUUUGGCUCUGAAUUGACACCGGUGUGGCUCGCUGUGUUCAAGGGUACUUGCCCUGGCCCGGCCACACCAGAUGCUCUGGCCAGGAGAGAGAAAAGGGACGUGAAUGUGGUAGCUUCGCCUGGUAACUUUGGUUUUUAAAGCUUCUUAGGAUUUCUUUUUUUUUUCCCUCCUUUACAGUGCUCAUUGGCAGGCUCACGUAAAUCCCUAAGCGGCAUCCCCAGGGUGUCUGAAGGCCGAGGCAGAGCCAGGGCUUGUGCCCCUGAGCCUGGCCAGCAUAGGGAAGGCAUGUGGUGGGGCUGCAGAUGAGGGGCCGGCCAGCCCUCCUUGCCUCUGGGUGCCUGACAAAGCUUAUGACCCUCCCUAUGGUUUGGGGUGGACCAGGCCAUAUUAAGCUGCUUGAGGAGGGGGAGGGAGUUGAUUUCAGACCUUUUUGUUUAAUAGGAAACAUGACAAUACAGCUUUAUUUUUAUGGCAACGCUAUUGUAAAAUUCACCUGUGCUUUCAGAGAGUACCUUAGGCAAAGUGUACGGCCCAGAGAGGAGCUUGUGCACACAAGACAGUGUAAUGAGGUGUAACCAGUCUGAACUUGGGGUAUGAACGCAGAGAGUAUGUCAUCGGAAAAGAAAGUAACUGUUAGGAAGAAUCAUCUCUCCUUCCUUGUCGACUUUAUCUAAACAAAAAGAACAAAAGCAACUCAAAGCUGAGAAAGUCAACCUGAGAACAGUUGCCUGCUUAUUGUGGACACAACACUCUUUAACAAAAUCAUGUGAAAAGGAAUAAAUUUCCUCUUGGUGUAAACUUGUACUAUAGUUUUUACAAAUUGUGAACUUGUGUAAUAGUAUAAUAGGAGAUAUUGUUGAAUUUCUAACUGUUUAUACAUUUAAAUUCAUAUCUGUACUGUUUGUUUUAUUGAUUACAAUCUGAAUUUCUAAGAUGCAUGUUGACUUUUUUGCAAUAAAGAUACACUAUGGAAUGGUUCAAGAUUUAGAAAAGACAAAGAAAAUUCUAACUUAAAUAAAUUGGGCACCAGAACCAUUCAAAAAAAAUUACAA